GGAUUAGCGUCGCGCAGGCAGUUGAGCAACUUUGUCAAAGCAGUCCUGCUAAAUGUGAUAUUUUGUUUUCCUUUUCUUUUUUCCCUUUCGAAUAAUAGAACAAGUGUGCUGAAAUGUUCUUUGGAUCGAGAUAAACUGUUUCUGCAAGAUGAACCGAUGGAGAAUACAGACUGCAUUUCUGUUGCCUUUCUGUGUCAGUAUUUUGCCAACCUGCUGGGGUGCUCAUGGGAGAUAUGCUCAGAAGCUCCUGAAGGAUUUAUUCCCAAACUACACCAGUGCGCUGAGGCCUGUGGAGGAUACAAAUACUGUACUGAACGUGACCCUGCAGGUUACUCUGUCACAAAUAAUUGAUAUGGAUGAGCGAAACCAAAUUCUGACUGCAUAUUUAUGGAUUCGGCGGGUAUGGAUUGAUGCUUACCUUAAGUGGAACAAAGAUGAGUAUGAUGGACUCGACACCAUCCGCAUACCUAGUAGUUAUGUAUGGAAGCCUGAUAUAGUCCUAUAUAACAAUGCUGAUGAUCACUUCACUGGCCCCAUGGACACCAAUGUGGUGAUCCGACACGAUGGCCAAAUAACAUGGGAUUCCCCAGCUAUUACCAAGAGCUCGUGCAAAGUAGACGUGUCCUUUUUCCCCUUUGAUGCUCAGCAGUGCAGGUUCACAUAUGGCUCGUGGACUUACAGUGGCAACCAAGUGGACAUCUUGAAUGCCCUGGAGAGUGCUGACUUGGCUGACCUGGUGGAAAAUGUAGAGUGGGAGGUGCUCGGUAUGCCAGCUAAGAGGAACGUCAUUCUGUAUGGCUGCUGUGCUGACCCUUAUCCUGAUGUAACCUACACUCUGAAGCUGAAGAGACGCGCUUCCUUCUAUGUCUUCAACUUGCUCAUACCAUGUGUGAUGAUCUCUUUCCUGGCUCCACUGGGAUUCUACCUGCCUGCAGAGUCUGGAGAGAAGGUGUCCCUGGGUGUCACAGUGAUGUUGGCUCUCAUUGUUUUUCAGCUUUUGGUUGCAGAGAUUAUGCCACCCUCUGAGAAUGUGCCACUUAUUGGAAAGUAUUACAUUGCAACCAUGACCAUGAUCACAGCUUCAACUGCACUGACCAUUUUCAUUAUGAACAUACACCACUGUGGCCCGGAUGCCAAACCUGUUCCCAAAUGGGCUAAGAAAGUCAUUCUACAGUAUCUGGCUAGAAUGUGUUUUGUUUAUGAAGUUGGAGAGAACUGCAUGUCUGCACAAUCAGAGAAACAGGAGCCAUUUGUGAAGUACGGCAACUGUACCUUAAGUGGUCAAUCCCGACCAGGCAGAGAGGAUUCUAUAUUCAAAAUGGAGACGGGCCCAGAUGGAGUGGUGGCCAGACCCACAGAGGAACAAAAUGACAUUGAUCAGAUUAUAAAUCCAAUGGAAUCCAUUGAAAAUAACCCUAACCGCUGCAGCAUGUGGAAGGCCGACAUUUACAUGAGCACAGAUGGAGGUGAUUCAGUCGGUGGUCAGAGAAGAUGCAAGAAUGUGUCAGAGGUUUCCUGCAGUUCUCCCAGCCACGAGAAGCAGCUAUUGCAUAGCAUUGAGUAUGUGGCCAAUUGCUACAGAGAUCAGAGAGCCACGCAGAAACGGACUGGCGAGUGGAAAAAGGUGGCCAAAGUUUUAGACCGAUUCUUUAUGUGGAUAUUUUUUGUCAUGGUGUUUUUCUUGAGCCUUCUCAUUAUGGGUAAAGCAAUCUAACUGCUGGCAUGCUGAGAAGAGUCAGUUACUGUGAUUACAAAAAUAGUGUUUUGAUUUCAAUAUCACAAUAUGAUUACAGGAUUGGGUAAAACCA